GUACUAGAUCACUAACGAGGAUCUUACCCCAGAUUUAUGCGGAGGAACCUAAAUCACUCAAUGACCAUGUGACUGUAUUGAUAGAUCUGCUACCAGUGUGUGAUAGUACAGAAACUAACAAUGUAUUACAAUUGAUUGGUUUGGUUGCGAAACAAGAUGCAAAGUUACUUGAGCCUCAUGUCAGUACAUUAGCUGAACAUCUUAAAAUCACGGCCACAGCCCAGGCAGUGUUGAUAUCACUGAUAGAUAUGGCGUCAACCAACGCAGCACCGUUAGCCACGUGUUUACCGGCACUCAAAGACGCUGUCAGAAUUCAGUCAACAUUGAUGAGUCUGGCUGCUAAACUAUUUGGUGCUGUUGGAAGAUUGAAUCAGGCUUAUGGCAAAGAAUGCAUAGCGUUUCUAGUAUCGCAACUACCCUAUGUGGACCGUACUACACUAGCGGCUGUACUGAUUGAGAUUAAGAGUAUCGGUGAUCAGUAUCCGGGAUUGUUAGGAGAACACCAGACUGCCAUCAGUAAACAAGGGGAGAGUUUAUCAACAGCUGCCAGAAUGAUUGUACAACAACUCAGAGAAGAUAUUGCUAAAUGUGAUGAUACAGCGGUUGUCAUGGUAGAAUCAUUAACAGCCAGUACAUGUGAAGCAACUUCACAAACAGACAGCGCUGAUCACAAUGACCAAGACGCAAAAUCUGAAACUUUGUCAGUAGAAAAAGACGUCAUAAAAAAGGCGGAGUCUACUACUAGUGUUAAACAUAGUCAUGAACAUUUAAAUGACAGUUUGUCUGAAAAGCAGACAUCAUUAACAGGUGCUACUACAACGACGCAGACAACGACCACGAUGACAACUACCACUACCGCCACCAGCAGCAGUUCAGUUUCAGGAUUGACAGUUGAACAAACUAAUAACAACACCAGUAACACUAAACUCACUGAAAGCAAAGAUGAUUCAGCGACAAAAGGAAGCUCACAGACUGAUACCAUUUCUAAUAUUGUGGAAAGACCACCAAGUGCUAACAGUCGGUCACCUAGCAACAGUAGCCAGGCAACCAGUGCUGUGGUGAGAAAGUAUAGCACAGAGGACAAAAGGGAGUCCAGAUCCAAUUUAAAAAUAGAUGGACUACAAGGCAGUGGAAAAAAUAAACAUAGAGACAGUGGUAUACAACAGUACUUAGCCCAUCGACACAAAGAAAUUACAUCUUAUAUGGAUUCUGUUCGACCAAGGAUACCCGUUCCUCAAGAAUGCCUCGUUGAAGAAGGGUAUUCUUCCAGGACAUUCGGCAGAUUAGAAUUUUACUGCGGCAAGAAAGGACCUCACUGCCUUUUCAAUAAAUCCCCGUUUAUACACACAACUAGAAAUCUACAACCAUGGGUCCAUCUUAUGUUCUUAGAACUGCAGGCCAGUUCCUCUACUUCAGUGUCUUUAGAUGAUGACGGUGUCCAGAAUCUCAAAGCAUGCUGGGAGCAACAGAAGAAAGGUGGUCCAAUUCCUUUCACAAGACUAAUAACACAGCCAUUUCCCAUUUUGAAGGUGCAAGACCAUCUCAUUGAUGAACUGACUGACAUCAGUUACUUUGAUGUGUUUGUGUACAAUAAAAGUUUUGAAACAUGGCUGUGUUUUCUGUGUAAUAACCCAGACAAAGCAUCAGGUUUAUUACAUGAGGGUCAACCAAUGAUUGAAGGUUGUCUAAAAGAAAAAAAAGUAAGAUGGAAAUUAUUUAAAAGAUGGAAGACAAGAUACUUCACAUUAGCAGGUGAACAGCUGGUGGGAAGUAAAAGUAAAUCG